UCUGGUGGCCGGCGGGCGGGGUUACAGGACUCUAAGACGAGACAAAGAUGGAUCUGACGUUCAGUCCGCCGCUUCACAAGCAGAGACAUCAAUUUGUCGUCGAUUUUGUCAAGAGGAACAAACCUAAAAAGGUGGUGGACUUGGGCUGCGGUGAGUGUACCCUCCUCAAAAUGCUCAAGUUUCACCACGAAAUUGAACUUCUGGUUGGAGUGGACGUGAACGGUGCCAAAGUCAAGAAAAGGAUGCAUGGAUUAGCUCCUAUAUCAACUGACUACCUGGAGCCAAGUUACGAUCAGCUGUGCGUUGAGCUGUACCAGGGCUCAGUGACCCAAAAAGACGCCCGCUUCAAAGGAUUUGAUCUGGUCACCAGUAUAGAGCUCAUUGAGCACCUCACUCCUGCUGACGUGGAGCUCUUCUCUGAGGUGGUAUUUGGUUACAUGACCCCAAAGAUGGUCAUCAUCAGCACCCCAAACUCUGAGUUCAACAUCUUCAUGCCUGGAGUGUCCUGUUACAGGCACAGCGACCACAAAUUUGAAUGGACCAGAGCAGAGUUUAGAUCCUGGGCUAUGAAGGUGUGUUUGGACUACGGCUAUGAGGUGGAGUUCACUGGUGUUGGAAAAGCCCCACAGGGCCAACAGGAGGCAGUUGGGUUCUGUACCCAGAUCGGUGUGUUUUACCAGCUCGGGGGGAGAGAUUGCUGCAAGACGUUGCUCGUCAACGAUGCAGAGGAUUUGUUUCCAUAUACAUUGCUUUACAGAGUAAACUACCCCAGCCUGUGCGACAACAACAUCUUGCGCAGGGUUCUGGUGAGUGAAGUGCUGUACGGGGCAGAAAAACUAAAGAAUAGAUGGAUGGAGGAACAGGCCGACGGGAUAUGUGAUGCAGUUGCACUGUGUCAAACUGAGGGAGGAGCAUGUGCAGAGGAGAUGAAAGAUUUAAUGGAAUGGAGUGGUGCAUCAGAUAGUGCUGAAAAACAGGGGUCCUGUACAUCAUGCAGGAUUGUGGCUGUACCACUGGAUGUGCUGUGGUCCUGCUGUCCUAAAGUCAGUGUGCUAAGUGGAAGCCUUGGUAAUCUCAAACAUCUGCUGAUGGAUGAGCCGAACAUUAAACUGAGCCAGGAUAGCUCUGCUGUGCUAAUAAAUCACUGGGAACAAGACCAGGAAGAAAAGGAAGAUGACUGCAAUUUGGAUGACAGUGGGUAUCCAGAGGCCAGUCUGCACAGCCACAGUGCUGAGCAAGAGGAAGACUGGGAGGAAAAUGAUUGAUGUGGAGGAUGUUUUCCAGGUAUAUGUCAGUGCGAUUACUGAGUUCAUAAUAAAUAUGAGAAAAACUUCA